CGGAAGACUCAGAAGCCAACAGGUUUUAUUCAUUUCUUGUUUUUUUCGAAGAAACGAUGCGUGUCAAGCAACUAUUGUACGAUCUAAGUGGUCGUGUUUUACGUCGGAGCAUCAAUCUUAGUUUGUACUCGUCGCUUCUGGGCAUCUUCUCGUUUGUAGCGACCGGCCGGAAACUUCAGAACAAGCUACGUGCCCCGGGCUAUUGCAAGAUGAUGUCUAAAAUGAAGCCAAAAAAAUUGAUGAUCAUCGGCGGAUCUAUGUUUGGUUUCGGAUUUAUUGUCCUAAUGAUUAUAUUUCCACCGAUCGUCAAAAUGCAGAUAAAAAGACAAGUAUCACUGAGACAUGGAACUGAGAUGCGAGACUUGUGGACGGACUUUCCUCUUCCGUUGGAUUUCAAGAUACAUCUAUUCAACGUAACGAAUCCAAACGAAAUAAUGGCGGGACAAAAACCGAUUGUUCAUGAAGUUGGUCCAUUUUUUUACGACGAAUACAAGCAGAAGGUGGAUCAAGUCGAUCGAGAUGAAGACGACAGCAUAGAGUAUCGUGUGAAAACCACGUGGUACUUUAAUCCUGCUCGUAGUAAUGGGCUCACCGGGGAGGAGGAAAUUGUUUUUCCAAAUAUACUGAUACUGUCGAUGGUUAAAAUGGUAUUGGCCGAGCAACCGAGUGCUAUGGGGCUUAUCAACAAGGGGGUGGACAGCAUCUUCAAGAAACCUCAGACGGUGUUUGUGAAAGCGAAAGUUCGUGAUAUACUUUUCGACGGGCUCUUCGUCGAUUGUAGGGUAAAAGACUUUGCUGGGACCGCGAUUUGCAGUCAGUUGAAGGAAAAAGGAGAAAGUUUAGUACCAUUGGAUGAUGAUCAGUAUUUGUUCUCCUUGUUUGGCAAGAAAAACGGAUCCGUUGACCCUGCCACCAUCCGAGUGCUUCGUGGGAUUAAAAAUUACCGUGACACUGGACGUGUGAUUGAGUUCAAUGGCGAGCCGAUGCUAUCGAUUUGGGCCGAUGAUCGUUGCAACCAGUUUAACGGUACCGACUCUACGAUCUUCCCGCCGUUAAUGACGGAGCAGGACGACAUUGUUUCCUUCUCGCCGGAAAUCUGCAGAAGCCUGUCUGCGCCGUUUCAAUACAAAAGUAAAGUUAAAGGUGUCAAUACGUAUCAUUACGAAGGCAAUUUUGGAGACAUGAAGACAAAUCCUCUGGAUAAGUGUUAUUGCCCUACGCCAGAGACUUGUUUUGAUAAAGACUUACUUGAUUUGAACAAAUGCGUGGGCGCACCAUUAGUUGGUUCUCAACCACAUUUCUUAGGAACGGAAGAGAAAUAUUUGCAGCUGGUUGGCGGACUUAAUCCAAACAAGGAAGACCAUGAUCUUUCCAUGGACUUCGAGCCAAUGACGGCCACCCCGUUAAGUGCACACAAGAGGCUGCAGUUCAACAUGUUCCUUUCGAAGGUAGAGAAGUUCAAAUUGAUGAAAAACUUCCCAGAAUGUCUGUUUCCGUUUUUCUGGGUGGACGAAGGUAUUCUACUUGGCGACGAAUUCGUGAAGAAGCUGAAAGUUGUGUUCGCGUUGCUGACCGUUGUUAAGGUCCUGAAAUACAUAACCAUAUUUGGCGGCAUAAUAACAAUGGGCAUGGGAGGCUUUAUGAUGUACAAGGAAAAAGACAAAAAUUCCAUGGACGUGACCAAAGUGACGCCGGAAAUGCGAAACGGCAAAGAUGACGAGAAAAAAUGGCCGACGCAGGUGAACGUCAGCACGAUACAGACGCAGAGUGCAGCGGUGCCCCCUAAUUUGGACAUGAAUUAACCCUUUGAGCGCCAGCAGAAAUUUUCAUACAUUUACGAAGAAUGCCAGACGAUUUUAAGCAAAAAUCAUAGUUGUAGAAAAUAAAUUUAUAGUUCGGUUAAUUCUGAGUUAAAGUUAAGGAGACUUUCACACGAUAUUAAUUACAUAAAAUUAUAGAAAUGUAUGUGUACCUUUAAUUUUUGAUGUCAUUUUUAUGAAACGAAACUGACUUUCUUUUAUGAAUUAUAGCACUUAGAAAAUCUAGGAGCAACGUAUCGUUUUUGGCACUUUUCAGAAAUGUAUGUCGGGACGACGUAUUGUUCUUUGGCAAGUAAAGGGUUGAACGGUGUCUCGUUCAAUUCUUUCUAUUUCACUUGUCUGGUGAAACCGGAAAGAUUGAUAAUAUCGGUUCCACAGUUCGUUUGCAAAUCGAGGGACUGAAUAUGUAUAAAUAAAUGAACGAACAAUUUAAAUACGUGCAAUUCGACAAGAAUCAAAUUGGAAAUAUUCCUAUACCAUUGACGAAUUAUUUAUUUUGUAAAUAUACUGUGUUAGCCUGUAAAUCGUUUAUAUAUUUGAUAAGUCGAGGUUAAUGUAAAGACACUACGUAAACGAACUUUAUCGACAAUCAUUUAAAAUUACGUCGAAAAACUCUCAUUGAUUGAUUAAUAAAUAAAAGUUCCUACCGAUAACUUAUAUUUAUUAACAACUGUAAAGUUUAGAUACCUAGCAGAUUCUUUAGGAACAUCUUCUGUAUAGUUGCUCUCAUUUUAUUAAUUUUAAGCGUGACCAUAUUGUAAAUUGUAACGGGGAUAUUAACUGAAACCAUAAGUAAACGAUGUUUUCUAAACUCCUGUGUCCAAAUUCGUCUAUU